AUGUUUUACCAAUUUUCUUCCUACAGGACCCAAUUAGGAGAAUUGAAGCACGACGACGCGAACGCUGACGACAGUGACGUCGACUACUACGACGAUACCACCCUUACCACAGCAGCAAAUACUGCCGCUCUUAUUACUUCUGCCGCUAAUUAUCAUGCCUAUACGACGACUACAAACUUAACAAAGUUAAAUAUCAGUGAUAGAUUAAGUACUAACAGAUUAAAAUUAUCUAAAAAGGUUGUAGAAGAAGAUGAAAAAUGCUUACCGUGGGUCGAAGAUGAUGGCUACUACGGCUACCUUUACCGGCUGGUCAAUAAGCACAAACCGACCCUGUUUUGGGGCUCUAGGAGAGAUUUCUUCAACCAAAAACUGCUCAACAGUGAUCAAAUUAUCAAUCAUUUCACGAGAACUGUUUUUACGACGAAGGUGGGACUCAGUAAUCAUCUAAGAGAUCUGCAUUGGUACCAACCGAAUUCGUGUUAUACGUUCUAUCCGAGGUCUUACCAGCUAGCCCAACCGGGAGACAAAAUUGCGUUUGAGCAAGAUUUCUGCCUAACAGCAGCCAUCAGUUUGUUAAAAAUCAUCCUCUCUAAUAAUUUAAAUCCAGAGAAAUUUGUUGCAGCAGAUGAUCAGAAGACUAAAAUAUUUACGCUGUCUGAUGAAGUUUACCAUGAGGCGUGCGCUAUCUGUCAAGAUUAUUUAAAAUUCAUUUCCCACGAUGAUUUGGACGAAGAAGAAUUUGAAGAGUUCUCAUCAACAAAAUAUACUCAAUUUUUAAAAAUCUACGAUUCGAUGAAACGCUCAGAUCUGAUCGUUACUGUAGAGAAUUACCAAGAAAAAAGCGAAUUUAUAAUGUAUUUGCUGGAUAAACUAAGAGAAUCGUUACCACAAUUUGAUAUUGAUGGCACUCGAAAUAUCUGGAUCCUCAAGCCAGGUGCGAAAUCUCGCGGUAGAGGAAUCAAGUUGUUGGAUGGGCUUACGGAGAUUAUGAAGUUGGUUGACUCUCAGAUCGGAUUGAAUGAGAGGAAAUAUGUCAUACAGAAAUAUAUCGAAAGACCAUUACUAAUUUGCAAAACAAAGUUCGAUAUUCGUCAGUGGUUUCUGGUGACCGGUUGGAACCCUCUGACAGUAUGGUUCUAUAGGGACUCCUACAUUCGUUUCUGCUCUCAACAAUUCACACUGGACGAUUUUGAAGUAUCUAUCCACCUAUCAAACAACUCCAUCCAAAAACAUUACACGAACGAAAAAACUCGAUCUAAAGAGCUUCCUGGGAAUAAUAUGUGGACUUGCCACAACCUGAAGAACUACAUGCAAAUGAAUGGCGCACCCGAAGGCGUCUGGGAUCAAAUAAUUUUUCAGGGCAUGAAAGACGCCGUCAUCAGUUCUUUGCUCUGCUGCCAAGAAAUCGUUGAGCACAGAAAAAAUACCUUUGAACUAUUUGGUGCUGAUUUCAUGCUGAGUGAGGAUUAUCAGCCAUGGCUGAUUGAGAUCAACUCUUCACCGUGCAUGGCGCCUUCUACAUCAGUUACUGCAUGCAUGUGCCCGCAGGUUCUUGAAGAUACCCUGAAAGUUGUUCUUGAUUUGAAAAUUGACAAAACAGCCAAUACUGGACUUUUCCAGUUGGCGUUCAAACAGAACCAAGUUCAAAUACCAUCAUUUUUUGGGUCGAACUUCCAAGUCGACGGUCAAACGAUGACCAAACCU